AUGGCGGUUCGAAUGUUGCAAUACGGCGACGAGCGAGCCUCGCGUGUUGACGACGUCGGCGGCGACGGUGGCGCUUUUCCUGAACGACGGCAUAUCGAAACCGGGGGCUCCCCAGCGUCGUUGGCUCAAGAUUCGACACGUAUAAGCCCGCAUGGUGCCGUGUCGACAUCGAUCAUAGAUACAAAGGAAAUAUCCGUCGUUCAAAGUGAUUUGCGGCUCGCUCGGUCUCAGAUAAUCACACCAGAGACCAGGGCAAAACAACAAAAACAGCUCCAAGAUGCGAUCGACGGCAAGCUAUACCCUCAGAAACAUCUUACUGAUCUGAAGGGAGGGAACACCCACGCCCAAUACAUCAAAUAUGCGCCGGUGGGUGCUCGAGAGCGAGUAAUUAAAGUGCAGCAGCUACAACAAGACCCCUUGAGUCCACCAGCAUUCCGCCUAAAAAAGGCUCCUAGUGAAGCAAAGCCCACUGCAGUCGCAGUCGUUCAGAGUCCUCCACGCAAAGUAACCGAAGAAGAUAAAGAGGCAUGGCGGAUUCCUCCGUCAAUAUCGAAUUGGAAAAAUUCGAAGGGCUACACUAUACCCUUAGAUAAGCGCCUUGCAGCAGAUGGCCGAGGGUUAGUCGAUGUGAAAAUUAAUGAUAACUUUGCAAAAUUUUCUGAGGCACUGUAUGUUGCCGAACAAUCUGCACGCGUUUCAGUUGAGACACGUGCAAAUGUGCAAAAACAAGUGGCACUGCAGGAACAGAUUUCGAGGGAACAAACUAUUCGGCAAGUAGCGGCUCAGGCCCUUCGUGAUCAAAAUGUAGAGAGCGAAGGUCUAGAGGAAAAGUUAAGUCACAAGCGAAUGAAAAAAUGA